UGAGCUGUUCAGUGUUACCAGCAGACCAGGAUUGCAGGCCACAACUCCAGGCCGUUUUGGCUGCUAAUUCUACACUGAGAUUCUACAGAGGAUGAAGUAGCAAUGCGGCUAAAGGAGGAAGUAUUUGUCUAAAACAGAGUCCUGACAUGAAAUACAGGCCAGAACAAAGCAAUCACAUUCCAUUAUUGGGAUUCAAACUUUUGCCUUAAAAUGUUAGUGGAAGAGCACUUGUUGGCAUGCCCAGCAAAUCCAAAUCCAAUGCACUCCACUUCAACACCACUGCCUCAAGCUCAGCUUCCUUUUGAGUGUGCUCUAGAGACUGGUGAGGUCUCAGCUGCCAAUUGCAGCGGACAUGACUAUGUGGGAGUAUCAGCUAGCCUGUAUGUUUUGUGGCUGAACCUGUUUGUCGUUGGGUAGAAAUGGUUUUCAAGAGACUAACUGGCUCAGGCCAGGAGGAACCACUGUAUGAGCUUGCAAGAGAGAAAAAUGUGUACACAGAAAAGUAGUGUAUCUUCUCUUAGAUUGAAGAGGACUUCAUUUCUAGAGAUAGAGUCUCACUAGGUAGCCCUAGCUGUUCUGGAACUCACUCGAACUGACAGAAACCCACCUGCCUCUGCCUCCCAAGUGCUGGGUUUAAAGGUGUGCACCACUAUGCCCAGCCGAGUUGAUUUUAGACAGGGUCUCCAGUAGGGCAUUUGGUCUCAUGGAAAACUCGCUGUGUGUUGAAGUGCUAAUUACUUUGAUUUACAUUAAGUGUUCAGAAACAGUAUAUUCUGGAUCGUUCUUUCUCACUUGCCUUGCAGCAGGAAGUGCUCAGAUAGUAAAAACAAGUAUACAAACAGUCACACAAGCGUAAAAAGAGGAAACAGUUGGAUGGGAACUUUGAAAUCACAUGACUGGUGACUAAGUUUAAUCUUUCCUCCUUACUGUCGAGUCCGCUGGUCUUCCUUGCGUGUGUCAAGUGUUGGAGAUAUCAAAUCAUGUUGCCAUUUAUUCUCUUCUCUACGCUGCUUCCUCCCACCUUUGCCGAAUCUGAGCAGCAGUGGGUCUGCAACUCCUCCGACACGACUGUUUCCUACAGCUACUGCGAUAACAUGAAAUUCCCUAUUUUGAUUACUUCUGAACCCUGUAUAACAUUGAAGGGAACCAGCGGAUUUGUAUAUAUUAACUUUAUUCCAAGAAGAGACUUAAAAAAAUUAUAUUUCAACCUCUCCAUUCAUGUCAACUCCGUAAAGGUGCCCGUGCGCGAAGAAGUUGUUUGCCAUGGAUAUGAUGACGAUUAUUCUUUUUGCAGAGCUCUGAAAGGAGAGACUGUGAAUACAAGAGUACCAUUUUCCUUCAAGGGAAUACUAUUUCCUAAGGGCCGAUACAGGUGCAUUGCAGAAGCCAUUGUCGGGGAUGAUCAAGAAAGGCUAUUCUGUUUGAAUUUUACUCUCAUUCAUCGUCCUAAUGUCAAGUAAAAUAAACUCA